AUGCCCCCGUCAACUACCCUCUCUGCCGGAGGAGGCUCGCGGCCGGCUGGCUACGGACAAUCUUGCACCAACUGCUCCCGCGCAAAGUGCAAGUGCAUCCUUACCGCCAUCGGUGGCGCCUGCGAACGCUGCAAUCGUCUCGGAAAAGAUUGCCAGCCGAUUGCGACGGCUAGGAAAAAGGUCGCUAAGAGAACGGCCGCGUCACGGACAGCUCAGCUGGAGGAGAAACUUGACGACCUCGUUUCCAUCCUCAAGAGCUCCCAGGGUCAUCCCGGCCAGGAACAACACCAGCAGCAUCUGCAAGAACAGAUUGCCCAGCACCGCCAGCAUCUGGGCUACACUCACAUGCAGCAUGUCCCGCAACAAACAAGAUCGCAAACUGCGGCGCUGGACUCGCUUGCCCAGGCCGCGACCACUGAGAGGCACAACGGCGGGCCUGUCCUGAGCCGUGGCGGCAAACCAAUUGACCCGAACAUGACCUCAGGCCAGCUUCAUCGUGACCCAACAGCUGAAGAGGCUGACGUCUACCUGGCAAAAUUUCGCACUUGGCUGCCAGGCUUACCAUUCCUUCACCUGCCGUCCGACAUGAGUGCCAAAGCGCUGAAGAUGGAACGACCCUUUCUCUGGCUUUCCAUCAUGAACUUGGCCUCAGAUUCACACUCGCAGCAGCAGUUCCUACGGGAGAAGGUGCGCAGAGAAAUGUCAGAGCGCAUCAUCAUGAACCACGAGCGCAACAUGGACAUUGUGCAAGGCCUAAUCGCAAAUCUGGGAUGGGCCACAUUAAACACGGGGCCAGGUGCCAGGCCAUUCGUCGUCUUGUUUUCACAAUUAGCAACCUUGGUCAUUUAUGAACAGGGCAUGAUGCGCCCGCCGAAUCAGGAACACUUUUCCUCGGUCGGCUUCAAGGCCUGGAACAUGAGCACCCUCACGCCUAAAGCUCGCACAAUGGAUGAGAGAAGAGCCGUCUUGUCUUUAUGGUUUCUUACAUCAAUGCAAGUGCAGUCACGCACCCCCCAUCCUUAUACCCCUGCUGACCUGAGUAGAUGCAAUGCGCUCACUGCGCGAACAGAGACAUUGCCAUGGACAAGCCACAUGGACGAGUCUCUAAGUAUCCUCGAGCGCGGUGAUGACCAACACCUCGAUGCCAUGCUGGCAACUGUUAUCAAAAUACAGAAAGUGUGCGAUGAAGCACACCGACUGCUCAUGCAAGAUUUACUUCCCAACGCACCCGCCAAAGACAUUCCAUCAUAUCUCUAUAAACCGAGUCUCCUGGAGAGACUUAACACGAUCAGAGCCAAUCUGCCACCACGCUUUGCCACCAAUUACACCAUUGUUACACAUCUGGUUGCGACAGAAUGCCAGAUCCACGCCAUCGGCCUAUUUUCCAAUCAACGCAUACCGGACACCCAGAGCGUUGAGUCAAUGUACCAGUGUCUCGUGUGUAUCCGAGCAUUCUACGACGCCUUCUUCUCAAUCCCGCUCGGCGAGAUUGCCGGUCUUCCCUUGCAUACAUAUGUAGCCCUGUCCACGAUGCAGGUUAUGUUGUACAGGCUAACCAUCUCCGACAACCCGACAUGGGACAAAGAGGUGGUACGACAGACUGUGGACGUGAUGGACAUUGUGGACAGGACGAUUGAGCUUUUUGAGAAGGUGGCAAGUGUAUACCCGAUGCGCGACCAGCAAGUGCAGGGUAAUCUUUUCCAAAAAGGUGCGAAGCAGAUGCGCAACCUGCGUCUCAUGUGGCAGCCCAUUGUGUCGAAGCAUUCUGGCACCAUGCCCACUCCCAAUAGCCAGCAAAACAGCACCAGCAGGGCUGCAACUGAGCAGCCGAUGCUUCUCGAUACAAUGGUAGACGGCGAGCCCAUUGAUUUUAACGACAUGUCCGGACAUGCACACACCGACACCAACAAAUAG